AGGCAGGGCUGAGGGGAAGGGCUGAGUGAGGGCUCAGGACAGGUCGGGCUGAGGGAAAGGCAGGGGCUGAGGGAAAGGCGGGGGUCUCAGAGCAGGACAGGGGGCUCAGAGCAGGACAGGGGGCUCAGGACAGGACAGAGGGCUCAGAACAGGGCAGGGGGCUGCAGGCUCGGCAGCAGCACCCUGGACCGGAGGAGAUGCGGCGGGAGCCGGGCCGCCAGUGACGCUGAGGGGAGGGCCGCAGCGCCAUGUCCCUGGGCAGCGACAGCGGCCCCGGCAUCGUGCACAGCCUGCUGUGCCACCGGCAGGGAGGGGACAGCGAGGCCUUCGCCCGCCGCGCCAUCCAGAGCCUGCUCAGGAAGCUGAAGGAGAAGAGGGACGAGCUGGACGCGCUGGUGGCCGCUGUCACCUCCGGCGGGGCGCAGCCCGGCCAGUGUGUCACCGUGCAGCGCACCCUGGACGGGCGGCUCCAGGUGGCCGGCAGGAAGGGCUUCCCCCACGUCAUCUACGCCCGGCUCUGGCGCUGGCCCGACCUGCACAAGAACGAGCUGAAACCCGUCAAAUUCUGCCAGUUCGCCUUCGACCUCAAGUGCGACAGCGUCUGUGUCAACCCCUACCACUACGAGCGCGUGGGGACCCCCGGCAGCGGUCUGAGCAUCCAGAGCGCAGGUGAGACCCCGGCCCGGGGCCGGCGGGGAGCCCCCCCGGAGCCAGCCCAGCCCCCCGCAGCUGGGGGGCAUCCCCGUGCCCCCCAUGGUCUCCCGCCCUCCCCAGCGACCCCUCAGGACCCCCUGCUCCACCCCGAGGACCCCCUGGCACAGCCCCCCCCGCAGAACGGGUACCCCAAACCACCCCACCACGGUUCACCGCUGAGCUGGAGCAGUGCCACCAUCUACACCCCGAGUCUGGGGGGGUCGCAGCCCCCCCCAGCACAGCACCCCGGCAGCCAGAGCCACCCGCAGCCCCCCCAGCACCACCCCAACCACUGCUGUAGGUUUGGGGGGCACUGGGCGAGGGCUGGGGGGCUCUUCAGUGUGCUGACCCCCUCUCUGCCCCUCGCAGGGCCCCCCGUGCUCCAGCCCCCCGUGUCCACCCACCCUGGGCCGGAGUUCUGGUGCUCCAUCGCCUACUUCGAGCAGGACGUGCAGGUGGGGGAGAUCUUCAAGGUGCCCUCGAGCUGCCCCACCGUGGUGGUGGACGGCUACGUGGACCCCUCGGGGGGGGCCCGCUUCUGCCUGGGGCAGCUCUCCAACGUGCAGCGCUGCGCCGCCAGCGAGAGGGCACGGCUGCACAUCGGCAAGGGCGUGCAGCUGGAGCGGCGGGGCGAGGGCGACGUGUGGAUGCGCUGCCGCAGCGACCACGCCGUCUUCGUGCAGAGCUUCUACCUGGACAGGGAGGCGGGCAGAGCGCCCGGCGACGCCGUGCACAAGGUGUACCCCGGGGCACACAUCAAGGUGUUUGACCUGCGGCAGUGCCACCGGCAGAUGCAGCAGCAGGCGGCCACUGCCCAGGCUGCGGCCACUGCCCAGGCGGCCGCCGUGGCCGGCAGCAUCCCCGGGCCUGGCUCGGUGGGCGGCAUCGCCCCGGCCAUCGGGCUGUCGGUGGCCGCGGGGCUCGGCGUGGACGACCUGCGGCGCCUGUGCCUCGUUAGGCUGAGCUUCGUUAAGGGCUGGGGGCCCGACUACCCGCGGGCCAGCAUCACCUGCACGCCCUGCUGGAUCGAGGUGCACCUGCACCGCGCCCUGCAGCUGCUCGACCACGUCCUGCACGCCCUGCCCGACGCCCACGCCUGAUCCUGGAAGGGGCAGCCAGAAAAAAAGAGAAAAAAAGGCAAAAAAAUGACCAAAAAUGUGUUGGUUUAACAGUUAUUUAAUGGAUUGGGUCAGGGCUUGUGGCCUGGGUGUAGUGUGGCCCUCGGUGCUGAUUUCCACCUCCUGCUUUAACUUUUGUAUGAAAAUAAACCAAAAAAACAAAACCAAAAAAA